AUGGGGAGGGGACGAGUUGAGCUGAAGCGGAUCGAGAACAAGAUCAACCGGCAGGUGACCUUCUCCAAGCGCCGCAACGGCCUGCUCAAGAAGGCCUACGAGUUGUCCGUGCUCUGCGACGCGGAGGUCGCGCUCAUCAUCUUCUCCAGCCGCGGCAAGCUCUACGAGUUCGGCAGCGCUGGACAAAGCAUAACUAAGACAUUAGAAAGGUACCAACAUUGCUGCUUCAACGCUCAAGAUUCCAAUGCACUCUCUGAAACCCAGACCUGGUACCAGGAAAUGUCGAAGCUGAGGGCAAAAUUCGAGGCUUUGCAGCGCACUCAAAGGCACUUGCUUGGGGAGGACCUUGGGCCGCUUAGCGUGAAGGAAUUGCAGCAGCUAGAGAAACAGCUAGAAUGCGCUUUGUCACAGGCGAGACAGAGAAAGACAGAGGUUAUGAUGGAGCAAGUGGAGGAGCUUCGCAGAAAGGAGCGUCACCUGGGAGAAAUUAACAGGCAACUCAAGCACAAGCUCGAGGCAGAAGGUAGCAGCAACUACAGAACCUUGCAACAAGCCUCCUGGCCAGCUCCCGGUGGCACCGUCGUGGAUCAUGACGGCGCCACAUUUCAUGUGCAGCCGCCUGCUCACUCAGCUGCUAUGGACUGUGAAGCCACUCUGCAAAUCGGGUAUCCUCAUCAUCAGUUUGCGCCUCCUGAGGCAGCCAAUAAUCUUCCACGCAGCGCCCCAGGAGGCGAGAACAACUUCAUGCUGGGAUGGGUCCUUUGA